UAAUACACACUGCUGUCUUGAAUCUCGGCACAGCCAUACAGGCUUCCGGCUAGUUUAUUGUCAACAGAUCGGUCAGGAAACCAGUGAAGAUGAAAAUGGUGCAUCUCCGUGCCUUGUUCGCUGUGGCAGUUCUCGCCAUCUUGCAAGUGUCGCCAUCAGCCACCAUGGCAGCAGAGGUUGCGCUAUCGGAUGCGGCGAAAGAGUUCUUGGACACUCACAACCAGGCAAGAGCUGCAGUUGGGGUAGCCCCCCUUGAGUGGAGCCCGAAGCUGGCCAAUGCCACGAGCCUGCUGGUUCGAUCCCAAAGAGACAAAAUGAGGUGCCAAUUCGCCAGCAUAAAACCGGGAACUUACGGCGCCAACCAGAUGUGGUCGGGAGGGGAGACGGUGACGCCGCGAGAGGCGGUGGAGGAGUGGGUGAAGGAGAAGAGCUACUACAACCACGCCAACAACUCGUGCGUGCCCAAUCACAGGUGCGGGGUUUAUACUCAGGUGGUGUGGAGGAACUCCUCCGAGCUGGGCUGCGCUCAAGCUUCUUGCGUGAAGGAGAAGGCUAGCUUGACCAUUUGUUUCUAUAAUCCCCCCGGCAACAUCGUCGGCGAGAGCCCCUACUAGUUACCCCCCUGCAAGUCGCUCACUUCAUCCCCUCUGUUCCUCUGCUUCUUGCAUCCCUAAUAAAUUAUCACUUGCUUAUGUGUCUUCCCACCGUUUUUCGCCUGCUUCCAUGUAUCAUUACUGUAGCUUAUGGUGUUUGAGAAAUAGAUAAGGCAGGCCACUCAAAGCCAAUAAAA